AUGGUUAUGACUGAAGCAGAAACACUUGACUUACAGCAAGCUAUAUUAAAUAAUUCUGUAGCUGCUAUGGAUCCACAAAAUUGGAAUCUUAACAAUAAAAAGAAAACCAGAAGAAAUCAUAUUUCACGUACAGAAAGCGACAACAGAUUUCAUAGAAAGAAAAAGACAAUACUUACACUUAGUAGCUUGUCUUAUGCUACAGAUUGUUCAGAUGAAGAAACAGAUUGGUCAGAUUUCGAUUUUUAA